AUGAAUUAUAAAUCAAAUUCCCAUUGGUUUUUUUCAAAAGAACAAGUAUUAAAACAUUACUCACUUGGUAUUGAACUUAAAUUAGAGGUUGCAUAUCGAAGAGCAUCAGCAGCAUUUAUACAAGAUGUUGGAAUAAAGUUAAAAAUGCCACAACUUACAAUUGCAACAGCAAUAUCAUAUUUUCAUAGAUUCUUUAUUCGUCACCAAUUAAAGGAUCAUGAUAGAUUUGUAUGUAUUAAUAUUGAUUCCCCUGUUGUAGCAACAGCAUGUUUAUUUUUAGCAGGUAAAGUCGAAGAAACUCCAAGAAAAUUAGAUGAUGUUAUAAAGGUUUCAUAUAUGAUAAAGAAUAAAAAGAAAGAUGGUGAUAAAAUGGUUGCAAUCUCACAACAAGAACAUAAUAAUUUAAAGAAUAAGAUUUUACAAAACGAACAUUUAAUCUUAACAACAAUAGCCUUUGAAUUGGCUGUUGAACACCCUUACAAAUAUUUAUUAGAAUAUAUGAAAUCAAUACAAGGUAGCAAAAAUCUUUGUCAAGUCGCUUGGAAUUUUGUAAAUGAUAGUUUAAGAACAAGUCUUUGUCUGCAUUAUCCUCCAGAUUUAAUAUCAUAUGCAUCAAUUUAUUUAGCAACUAGAUUUUUAAAUUAUCAAUUAAUAACUGAAAAUAAAAAAGAGUGGUGGGAAAUGUUGGGAAUUAAAUUUGAAGUUUUAGAGGAUAUUAGUAAACAGAUUUUAGAUCUUUAUGAAGCAAAUCCUUUACAACAAACUGCAACAAUACCAUCUUCUUCUUCUUCAACUCCUACUUCAACUUCUACAACUACUUCAACUUCAUCACCAUCACCAAAUCCAUCUCAACCACAACCACUACCACCACAACAAAAUGAAAAUAGUAAUAAUAGUAACAACAGCAACAAUAAUACAACAACCACAUCAACAUCAACAUCUUCAAACACAAUAACAACAACAUCAACAUCAUCAUCAGCAAAUGAAAAACAACCAUCAUUAAAUGAAUCUGGUGAUAUUAAUAAAACACCAAAUAAAUCAUUAUCAGCUACAACCGCAAAUAGCAUUUCACAUCAUAUCUCACCGACAUCUUCAAAACCUUCAAAUAGGAAUAGCGAUCACCGUUAUUCUCCAUAUAAAUCAACUCAUCAUAGUAAUAGUAACAAACGAUCAUUAUCAAGAUCACCAUCACCAAAUAGAGCCUCUGUAUCAAAUUAA